UAUACAUGUAUAUUGUUUGCCUUAUGCCAUUGUCUAUCAUCACAUUCCCCUCUCAAACUCUCCUCUUUCAAUUCCUUUGAAUAUCUUCUAUAUCUUCUACUUCCUCUUGUAAUGUACUAACAUCUCUUCAUAGGUUCUCCAACUUGUAGUGUGUUUGUUUCAACAGUAACACAUACAAAAAAGAUUAUUUAAGAAAUAUGAAGAACAUUCUCGUACUUGGAUUUCACACAUUGUUCACCAUUGCAUUCCUCUUCAUGGCAAUCACUCUAAGCCACCCUUCUCAUCGUUACAUUUCCGGCACCUAUAAUGGAGAUCAAGAAAGCCAUAUGAACCCGGAGAAUGUAGCAAAGGAAGGGCUUGGGAUGGAGCUAUACCCAACUGGUUCGAACCUGCCAGACUGUUCCCACGCAUGCGAAUCGUGCUUUCCAUGCAAGAGGGUGAUGGUGGGAUUCAAGUGCUCAACUGAGUCAUGCCCAAUUGUUUACAUGUGCUUGUGCAAAGGAAAAUACUACCAUGUACCUUCCAAUUGAAACGAAACGCCUCGAUUGUGUAGGCCUAACCAACUAGUCAAAUUUCUGAUAAUGUAGUCGGUGAUCACUUAUUAGUCUGAACUUUCCUUUGUGGCCAAAAGCUUCCCUUUUGUGCAUAAGGAGGGUGGAAAUUGAGAACAAGUGGGGAGAAGGAUGAUGAGAAGUUUAGUAGUAGGCGGAUAAAAUGAAUUAGGAAUGUGCUUUUUUCUUUUCUUUUUUUUUUUAAUAUCUGAAAAUGUUUGGCAUCA